GCCGGCGGGGCCUGGGUGCCGCGUGGCGGGCGCGGCUCUGGGGAUCCCGCCGACCCGAGCGGGGUGACUGGUUGCCCCUGCAGAGCCGGUGCCAGCUGCGAGGGCUGUGGGCGGGGCCUCCGUCCAGCAUGAGCGUGGGCUUUAUCGGGGCGGGCCAGCUGGCCUUCGCCUUGGCCAAGGGCUUCACAGCAGCAGGGAUCCUGGCUGCCCACAAGAUAAUGGCCAGCUCCCCAGACAUGGACCUGACCACGGUUUCUGCCCUCAGGAAGAUGGGCGUGAACCUGACACCUCACAACAAGGAGACGGUGCGGCACAGCGAUGUGCUCUUCCUGGCCGUGAAGCCACACAUCAUCCCCUUUAUCCUGGACGAGAUUGGUCCCGACAUUGAAGAUCGCCACAUUGUGGUGUCCUGUGCAGCAGGGGUCACCAUCAGCUCCAUCGAGAAGGUGGGCGCUAAGCUGACAGCGUUCCAGCCAGCCCCCAAGGUCAUCCGCUGCAUGACCAACACACCUGUGGUGGUGCGGGAGGGGGCCACCGUGUACGCCACGGGCACCCACGCGCUGGUGGAGGACGGGCGGCUCCUGGAGCAGCUCAUGAGCAGCGUGGGCUUCUGCACGGAAGUGGAGGAGGACCUGAUUGAUGCGGUCACGGGGCUCAGUGGCAGCGGCCCAGCCUAUGCAUUCACAGCCCUGGAGGCCCUGGCCGAUGGGGGCGUGAAGAUGGGGCUCCCGCGGCGCCUGGCCAUCCGCCUCGGGGCCCAGGCUCUGCUGGGAGCCUCCAAGAUGCUCCUGGACUCGGAAAAGCACCCCGGCCAGCUCAAGGACAACGUCUGCUCUCCCGGUGGCGCCACCAUCCACGCCUUGCACGUGCUGGAGAGUGGGGGGUUCCGCUCGCUCCUCAUUGAUGCCGUGGAGGCCUCCUGCAUCCGCACACGGGAGCUGCAGUCCAUGGCUGACCGGGAGAAGGUCUCGCCAGCCUCCAUCAAGAAGACGGUCUUGGACAAGGUGAAGCUGGAGUCUGCCCCAGGGCCCUCACUGGCCCCUUCCGGCCACUUCCAGCUGCCGCCCCACAGCCUGGCCCCGGCGGGCAAGAAGAACUGAGGUGUCGGACAUGCCCGCACGCCAUUCUCCACUUUCUCUUCCCUCCUGGGCUUGGACCCCCAGCACCUGGUGUUCUUAGCCCCAGGCCACACGGUGUCACCACAGCGGCCCGCUGCCCACGACUCUGGUCAACUCGGGAUCAGCUGGGGCUGUAACCAGGGAGGGGUUAGCUUCCCAGUGGGGGUCUCCACAGUCCCUGCGGGCUGCUUCUCCAGAACAGAGAUGGGUUCUCCCACCUCAGCCCACCCCUUCCUUUGCCCCCAAACCAGGUCAGGACCACUGCCUCUGGAGCUCAGGCGGCCCAUGCUCAGCUGGCUUGGGGCCUGGCCCCUUGCUGAGUACAAAGGUCAAGUUCCCCCUGCACCCCUACCCCAUGAAGGCCCAGCCAAGGAGGGAACCCCAUCCCACUCCUCCCCCUUCCUCAGCCUCCACGGGGGGGACACCUCGUCCCCGGUGUGACAGGGACCAGAGGGUUCAGUCCAGGGGACAGGGCCACGGCUGCCAAGGGCCCCUUGUCUCCGUUUGGCAUUUGAGCAAAGGGCUCCUCCGAUAGUCCCCACCGCCCAGGCCCCUGUCUCCCAUUCCUGACCUAACUUACAAGCCUGUCCCUUCUCUCUCCGACCCUUUAGGUUAAAUACAUUGGUUUCCAAGUUGG